AUGCCAGUCAUGUUCUCUCAUUUUGCGAGUCUUUUUGGAUUGGAAGCCAUUUACUUCUUUCAUUCAUACUCUGCUCAGCUGUUGUCACCCAUAUUGUGUAUGAAGAUCCUGGUCACCUAUUCCACAAGUCCGGUGAUCCAAGAUUUUGCCAUAAGAUCACUAUUGAAACAUGGCCCUAAUGUGAAUUUUUUUUACAUCCCCCAACUUGUCCAACUAUUGAGACAUGAUUCAAAAGGUGCCCCUUUUACAAACAUUGAUGCCUAG